CGAAGCGCUGCCAAAAUUUUCUUAGAAACGACAACAUUUUUCUACUAUCUUUCACCUUCUCUACACAUCCCUCUUACUACGUUCUCUCUAGCUAUCAGGUGAAUGUGGCCGCAAGCGCAGGUAGAGGUCUACGAGGCCAGCAGCGCUUGGGACGUGGAGCCCCCAGAGCUCAUAGAGGGGGAUCUGGUGGAGCUCACGAUUCCCGCGCGCAGCGCCCGAUAUAUUGACGGCCAGUUUGCGUGGAGGUCCAUUGUCUUGUCUGCGGACGUGUGGCUCUGGACGCACAGAGAGCACUGGCCUGGACAAGGGGUGGGCGUAGUGAGAGUCUACCUGUACUUAGGAUUGGAUGCGGUCAAGGAGGCCGCGCUUAGCCUCGCGACGACAGGGACUAGUGACGCGGUUAGCAGGGCUUUACGCUACCUGAGGGACGAGGUCGCCGUCUUCCGAGUGGAGGACUCGAGCGACCCGUUGACGCUGUUUCACGGACGCCCUCCUCUUGAUAUCACGAGCGAGUUUGUGAUAGCACGAGACCAGUUUUUUCCGUACAGCGUUUCGAGUCUGCGAGCGAUAGCCCCUGCGUUCGUUGUAGAGAGCAUCUUUGGAUGUAUAGGCGGAGUGGUUGAGGCAUACUUAGCCUAUCAGGAUCUCGAGGUCCUUGCCAGAGAGCCCGGUGACCUCGACUACCUCUAUUAUUCGCUUGCGACUGGUGGGCCUCGUUGGGGUGACGAGAGGGUUCAACUUAUAGAGUUGAUCCGGCCCCAGUCUCCGUGUGUUUGGGAUUGGCUGGACCGUGAGCUUCGAGCAGGCCCCGAGUACGUGACCUUUAUCGGGAGACUCUUCUCAAACGACUGGGGUAGCUGGUGGAGUGAGGGCGAUGGGCGACCUCUGAUACACGGCUAUCAGUUGGCGGAGUAUUACCAGGCUAUAGGGCAGGCGCCAUAUCGCGUCGAGGACAAGUUCGACGACGAGGGUUGGGAGAGAGAGGACGGCGAGGACGCGUGGGAGCCGGAUUGGGUUGACCCAGCGAGUGAGGUUGACGAGGAGGAGGACGACACGGCAGACGCUCACUUCGCAUGCAUAGGAGUACCGAUUAGGGUCUCGCCAGAUUGUGCGGCGAGGCGACUGCGAGCUAGGCUAGCGGUAAGAUUCGGCAGUAGAGUGAGAGAGUGAGAUAGGAGAUCCUGCAGGCAGAUGGUAGAGGAGAUCGAGAGAGUCGAUCUACCCUUUGGUGAUUUCAGA